AUGCAUAGAGAUAUAAAACCUGAAAAUUUACUUUUUUGUAAAGAAUAAAAUCAAUCAAUUCUUAAAAUAGUUGAUUUUGGUUUAGCUACUUUUGCAGAUGAAUUCCCUUAUAUUUUUCCUAAAUGUGGAACUCCAGGAUUUGUAGCUCCUGAAAUAGCAAAUUUAAAAGAUAAAUCUCAAGGUUAUUCUGUAAUUUGUGAUAUGUUUUCUGUUGGAGUUAUUUUCCAUAUUUUGUUGACAGGUGAAGCCGUUUUUCCAGGUAGAAAAUUUAAUGAUGUUUUGAAUAAAAAUAAAAAUUGUGAAAUUGAUUUUUCUAAAAAAGAAUAUGAAAACCUUUCCAUAGAGGCUAAAGAAUUGUUAAUGAAGCUACUUUAAAAAAAUCCUAAAUAAAGAAUUUCAGCUGAGUGUGCCUUAAAUCAUAGCUAUUUCCAACAAAAUUAUCUGAAAAAGAUACCUUCUAGUGAUAAUUUAUAAGAUUAUUCCAUAAUUAGAAAUAAAUAAAAUUCUUUAUUCGCCAAACCUUUAAGAAUCCCUUACGUUGCUAAUGAACCUUCUGCUACUGAUAAUUUAGAUUCCUUUAUUACAGAACAUUUCAGAAAUAAAUAAAGUAUUGUUGAAGAGAGAGAUGAAGAUGAAGAAAAAUAAGCUUAAAUUAAUAUAUAAAAUAAUUAAAUAAAAUAAAGUAUAAAUAAAAUUGAAGAAGAAAUUAAUUGA